AUGAACCUCUUUCAGAAAGGGAUCGGCUCCCACAUCUCGUUCGCAACCCGACCACGAUUAUUUGUACCCCGAACUCCGCUGCGACGAGUCCGACAGCCCCAACGAUAUAAUUCCUCCACACCCGAGCAGCCACCGGCGCAGGGGAAAUCCACCAAAGAUGGAUCGACCGUGAACACAAAUACUUCAAAAACUUCACCAAACCCUUCACAGUCGAAUUCGUCCGGCGCACAACAACCAUCCAACGCCUCGGCGGCAGUCGGUGCGGCGGGUGCGGCGACCACACCCGUAGGUGCUAGUGAGGUUGUGCGUUCUAGAGGAUUCAAGGAGAUCUUACAAGCUAGUCCUUUGGGUCGAUUUGGGAGGUGGUAUUCGGGCGCUCAAGCACGGAAACCCUAUACUGUCCAGGUGUGGAGUUCAAUCAUCAUAUACUUGUGUGGAGAUCUGAGUGCACAGCUUCUUUUCCCCGAGAAGCCAUCGCCAAAGGAAAAAGCUCAGCUGAAGGAGACUUCAGAGGCACAAGGAGAAGAUGACACGGAGAAGAGCUUUUUGUCUACGUACGAUCCCUGGAGGACUGCACGGCAUCUGGUUGUCGGAGCGGGAUCAAGUAUUCCGUCAUAUCAUUGGUUCUGGUGGCUCCACAACAACUUCAACUUUUCCUCCAAGCUUCUGUCGAUCCUUACAAAAGUGGCAGUUCAGCAGGCAUGCUUCACGCCCGUAUUCAACACCUACUUCUUCAGCGUCCACUCCCUUCUUGGUGGUGCAACUUUUGAGGAAACCUGGGAGCGUUUGAAGAAGGCCCUUCCCGUCAGUGUUACCAACAGUGUCAAGCUCUGGCCUGCCGUUACUGCCUUCAGUCUGGUCUAUGUGCAACCACAGUUCCGCAAUGUCUUUGGAGGUGUUAUUGCUGUUGGCUGGCAAACAUAUCUGAGCUGGCUGAACCAGAAGGCUAAACACGAAGUUGAGAUGGCCGAGUUGGCAGUAGCAGCAGCAGCUCAGGACACAAUCUCAGAACCAGCCAACCCUUUGAAUGGUAAGAUGGUCUCCGCAGCAGGAACUGCUUGA